AGAGUGUAAAUAAUCAUGGUGAUGGCAGCUUUCUAAAAUUUCCUAAUGCCCAUGAAGUGAAAAGUAUUUUAGAAUGAAAAAAAGAAAAAUAAAAGUAAGGCAUGGCAGAAGUUGGUUUUGAAUGGAAGAGGCGUGGCAAUGUAGUCACCACGGGAGUGCCAGAUGAAACAAAGAAAAGAAGUGGAUGGAUGAAGUACCUCCUGGAUAGGCCACCCUCCUCUAUAUCUGAAUACUUGACGGUUCCAUCCCUCCCCUGGCUAGCUAUGCGGAUGACGUAUAAUGCUGGGGAUCCACUGUCUGCUGAUGAUCAUUCCUUUAUACUUGACAAUAUAAACAAGGAUGUGAAUUUCCCAGAAAGCAGGUGCUUGUAUGUGGUCACAACCGAUGGUUUCAAAGAAGAUUUUUCCUACCGAAAGUGUCUGGACAACUUUGUCAAGGGAAAGUAUCCUGAUCUUGCUGAAGAAUUCAUUGCAAAAUAUUUCAGAAAACCACGCUCUGGAGGGAACCGGGAUCAAAAUUCUGUGCCUCCCCAAACUCCUCAGGAUGAAAAUCAGCAGUAGUUCAGCCAUCGUCUCCUAGAAGUUUCCAUGCUCAAGUUAUGUAAAUUCCUGGCAUCUGCUAUUUUUCAUUUUUGUAUAUAUAGAGCUGAUAUUCUUUCAUUUAUCUCCAACAAAAUGAUGCUCAGCACAUUCCUGAUGAACCACUCUUUUUUCAAUAAACAUGAGUGGUUCAU